AUGUAUGAUAAUAGCCGACCAAAAGCUCCCUUUCAUAUGAAUUUCAUUGAAAAUGACACCAAAAGUGAAGAAUCCUAUACUCAACGACUUUAUACUAAGUUUUAUGGUUUCUAUUAUCGAAAUAUAAUUUGGAGGUUUAUGGAUAGACUGGCUCAUCCUAUUUGCUCAGUGGCCGGUGAGACCAUUAGUAUAAUGGAAAGGCAUUUUAGUAAAUUCAAUAGAAGUUUUAAAUUAACUGGGCGAGUUUAUAAUGCAAUUAAUUUUGGAUCAUAUAAUUAUCUUGGUUACGCACAAACUACUGGUCAUAUAACUGAUUCUGUAGAUAAUACCAUUAAGCAAUUAGGAGUGGGAGUUUGUAGUACUGCCACAGAAUUAGGUCGACAACAAAUAUACUGUGAUUUGGAGACAUUAGUGGCCAAGUAUUUAGACACUGAAGACGCUAUUGUUUAUGGUAUGGGUUUUGCCACCAAUGCCUAUACAAUGUCUGCUCUGUUUGGAAAGGGAUGUCUAGUAUUGAGCGAUGAACACAAUCAUUCAUCAAUCGCAUUGGGCUGUAAAACGUCGGGCGCACACAUCCAGGUGUUCAAACACAACGAUAUGACACACUUGGAGCGCAUUGUGCGCCACUCUAUAGUGAGUGGACAGCCGCGCACUGGGAGGGCCUGGAGGAAGAUUGUGGUCAUUAUGGAAGGCAUUUACUCAAUGGAGGGAACUAUUGUUAAUUUGCCCGAAGUUUUACGAAUUAAAAAGCAAUAUAAGCUAUACCUCUAUCUGGAUGAAGCACACAGUAUCGGGGCUAUAGGUGCUCGAGGGAGGGGUGUUUGUGAUUACUACGGGUGUGACCCCAGGGAUGUGGACAUACUUAUGGGCACAUUUACAAAGAGUUUUGCAGCUGCGGGCGGGUAUUUAGCCGGCAACGCACACACCAUUGCAUACCUGCGCUGCCAAACCGCAGCUUUUCAUUACGCCUGUCCAAUGGCACCGCCGGUCGCGCAGCAAAUCAUAUCUGUUUUAACGGAAUUAUAUUACAAUCAAAACGAUUCGCACACUCGUCUCAAAAGUCUUCACGAAAAUACAGUUUAUUUCCGACAAAAACUCAAACAAUUGGGCUAUCAUUUGGACGGAAACGAUGACUCGCCGGUCGUCCCUCUUAUGGUAUUAUCUAAUACGUCUACUGGAGUCAGGAAUAGCGACAAUAGGAGUUGCUUAUCCGGUCACUUCACUACUGGGUGUAAGAAUAAGACUGUGUGUCAGUGCCUCACAUACCAGAGCUAUGAUUGA